AAAAAAACUUAUAUAGUCAGUGUUGGUUAUCUGUAUUUUAUCUUGAAGGUGAAUUCUGAGGUAGCAAUGCAUUGUGGGUAGCGGAAGCAGAGCUUAGUGGAGGAAAAACGUUUGUAGCGAAAAACCUGCCAAUCCAUGCUUAAACUUCACCUCCUGUGUCCUAAAUCUUUAUUUGCACCUUCGAAAGCAAUGGCUUUUCACUCGACCUUGUUCAUUGAGCUUUCAAGCCACAAUUGUAAAGAAUUGUAAGCUGUCAAGAAGACUGUAAUAAAGGAGCAAGACGCUCGGUUCCUGGCUCAUGAAUAUCGAGUUUGGCUUGCUGUUGAUCUGCGUUAACAUACACAGUGUAUCCAACACGUAGUGAUAACAGUACAAUAUUUGUUGUAUACAUAACAUUGUAGAGUGCAGUGAUGGAGUCUAUGUGGUAUACAAGGAAUUCUCAGAUAAAUCUUUGUUCUUUGAUUAUCCAUUUAACUCUGACUAUCUGAAUAUUUAUAAAAUUUCACAAACAUCAGAUUCAUUCAAGUGUGUUAAAGUGUCAGAGCUUGUUGUAAAAUGUACUGUUUUGCCUCAUAGAGAUGGUUUUGUGGCCAUACCAAUGUUCCAUGCCUUUUAGGGACACAUCAGAUUUUUCUCUGUACCUGUUUAUUGUCCUUGCUGGCAGUAUAACUUAAUAGCUAUUAAGGCUGUUUUUUUCUAACAGGCAUUUAAAAUGUCGAGGAUGAUACCAUUUUGUUAUAUUAUUUUCUAAGCAAAGCAAUUGUGGUAGUGUUGCUGGUUGCAGCUCUUUUUUUUGUUAUUUGUUGUUGUUUGAUUUCUUUUUCCACUUCAAGAUGUUCCAUUUGGUCGAGUUCCAGAGCAACAAAGCAGUAGCAGUAGUACCAGAAAACUGGUGCUGUGAUGGUGCUACCUACUGGCCCAACUAUAGAAAUGAUGAAAGAGUGGAUAAGGCAGUAAAAAAUGUAGAGGAACCAGGACCAGACUGGAAGACAUACGAUAUCAGAAUUAUCAAAUCAUGUGAUCAGUACUUUGAGGCACGACAGCUUCUGAAGAAAUCGCUUACAUGCAGCACAUCAGACCUUCAGUCAGAAGAGGAAGAGGAGGAAAUACGACCAAAAAGGAAGCCAAAGGCAAUUCAUUUCUUUGGGGACUCUGACAGUGACACAGAAGAAGUUUACCUGAAAAGGAAAGCCAGAGCUGCAGUAAGACGCCCACUACAACCACCUGCUCCAGAUAUCCAACCACCACCUUUCACUGGAGCUAGCAUCCACACAAUUGCUUCUUCUGCAAAAACUCCAUCACCACCACUGCUUGCCCAGAUGGAAAAUAGACCAAGAGAUGAGCCAACUCCUUCUUCAAGCCAUGUCUACAGGCCUACUUGGAAAGGGGGACGGUAUGGCUCAGACACAAUUACCUGCUCUGCUGCAGAAGUUCAAAUAUUGAGCUUACUGGAGUACAUUAAACACCAACAAGACCAAUUAACCACCAAAGUAAACUAUCUGACCAACAAGCUGAACUCAACUGUCCAAGAAAGAGAAAUACCUGACCCUGUACAGUUUCCACUACAAUCAAUGGAGGAAGUGGAGAAUUUUGAGAAAUGGCUCAAAGAUCCUGCUAACUCUCACCUGAAGCAGAGUGUGAUUUCUUCACUGGCAGCCAUCGGGGGGCUGAUGCAAGAAGUAUCACAUGGAACAUUCUUUCCCGCAUGUUCCACAGUGACAUUGGACAGAAGAUAAAUUGGACAGGGGCCAAUGGAAAGGGAGGUUUCUCCCAGAUGGCAUCAAAAACAGUACUCUUGGAUGCAGUAAGAAAGACCCACGUGUCCCGUGCUGCCACAGAAGAGGAGAUUCGGAAACAUGCCAUACGAUGGUUCAAUCUGGCAGCAGACAGAGGAAGAAGGCGGCGUCCUCCUGUUACCAUCCCGAAUCAAUGCUGAGGACUUCAGUUUGUUAUUGUUACUGUUAUUGUUCCAAAAAUGGUUAUCUUUCAGUUAUUUGUCUGUUAAUGUUUUAAUGAAGUACAGUAAUGAAUCAAUGCAUCACCUGCUUAAUUAAUUUGUGAUAGUAUUUCCUUUCUUUGCCAUUUUACUUUUUCCUUUACUGCAUUUUGUUAAAGAAUAAAGAAGUGUUAAAGGAUUUAUAGUAAAUAA